CUUCAACUCGUUCUUCACCACUCUACAGUAUGCUCAAAAUCAAUUCUGACAGCUGUGAAUUAUCCCCUUUGCGGGGUCCAUCAUGAUUUCAUUUCCAGAACUCUCAGGGAUCAAACCUUUAUCUCGUCACCACCACUCCUACUACCCUCGCUGCAAAACUGACCUCUGGAGACGCCUUCCAGGUUCCUUCUUCUCGCUUGCCUACCUGAAACCCACGAGCCGCUGCAGUCAUCCUGUUCCAGGUAUUGGCUUCUACACUAUUUGCAAUGAUGAGGUUAAACUGCCGUGUUCCAAUUCUCGGGGGCAUGUCACUAUCGCCCAGCGAAGCACGACCACCCCUGAAGCUGUCAGAAAAUCGCGACAGGCAGACACAGACAUCUUUCUAAACCCACAAGGAAAAAUCCUGGUUCUGGCCGCCUAUCAUUGCCUCGGCCUUGUUAUUCUAUUACACUGUCACUACCAUUGCUCCUGGUUCCUGACAGUACGCGUACCCAGUCGGGUAAUCAACUUUACACAUGGAGAGCCGCGGACUAUACCAAACUCAUCGCGGCAGAAGCCCAAAUGGGACGAAUCAGACAGUGACAUGGCAUCAGACCGCGCAUCUCCAGCUUCCAAAUGUUGCAAGAGGUUACCUUGUCUUUCUCGCUGGUACGAGAACACGCGCACUGCGCGCCAAUCCUGCUCAUACAAGUCAACCCCCGAGACGCUGUCAGAGCCACAAUAUAUUCCGACCGACAGUUCUUCAGUAAUAUCUGUGCUUUCACCUUUGACGAGACAGCAUCCAUCUAUUGACGCUUUGGCCUCAUUCACGCAAUAGCCCUGAAAUUGCCACUGAUCUUCCACCCGUUGUCUGGGAGAGUGAGCAAUCUAAAAGGAAUCUAUUGCCCUUCACUCUAGUUGAUCAGACGCUGUUGCCAUGAAAUUGCCGUCCAUCGACGACGAUAUCGACCAACCCACUAACGUCGAUAGACUGGUGGCGAGGUCCAGGGCUCGUCCAUUACGCCUCUCGAGGUCCAUUUUGUAUUUUAUUGUGCUCCGAACCGAGAUGAUGUUGUUUUUGUUGACCUCUGUUAUGGGCAGUCUGUUGUCGGAAAAGCACUGACUGCGGCGACUUUUGUUUUUCUCUUAUCAAGCCAGUGGAAUGACCUACGGAACGACGGACAGACUCCCUUUUCCCCUUUGGCGCCGCUUCCGAACUACUCUGACUAUCAGUCCUCCGACGAUGUCAGCAUCAGCAGAUGAUGCCAGUACGAAAAUUACUCUGAGAGGCGCAAGUCUUUGGGGGCAAAAUGAAGCGAUACUGCGUGAAUUUGCUGUUUUGCAGCCAAAUUGAAGAUCCUCUCGGUCGGACGGCUAGCAGAGUCAUGACUCCCUCACCACUUCUCUACGAGUACGAGCACACUGUUCCCAUCUCGGCGCAGCCUCCAUUGGGCGGCUCGUGUUUCACCACACGUCGCUGAUCGAACGAGCCGAAAGUUCUACUGUAGGAGAAGGCGGCACUUGCACAAACGCUGUGACCUGGCUCGCACUACUACUGUAGCCAGGCUCGGUGGGAAAAGGUGGGUUAGAUCAUUUGUACUCGUCCUUCACGCAAGAUACAUGCCUCUCGGGUCCCCACUUUCAGGUAAGAUCUACUUCAGUGUAAGUACAAUCUUGUUUGAAUGCCGGGCAGUUUCAGUCGGGUCGCAUCAGGUCACCACGGCGUGUCAAUUGUAUCAUUGAAAUGCCGACCCUUUUUCAGCCCAAGAUGUGUAACGGAAGAAUGGCUCUGUCUGCAAAUGCAAUUUCGAACACCCGGACGCAAGGAAGAACAUGACAAUGACUUUGAUGGAAUUCUAGUCGGCAUUCCUCACGGAUGCCACUCACUUCCCAAGCCCAAACGGCCAAAUCCUACAACGUUGCUUCGCUCAAUCCGGCCCAGCACAUCAGACCAUAUAGGGAGGGGGUAUAGGGGGCAUUUGCAAACUUUUUUCCGUACAGCACAUGCAUCUGGCCUCCCAUAGCUUCACCUUCUGUAUUCAACUAGAUUUCAAGCCAAAGAAGCCCAAGC